AUGCAGCCCUGUCGCACAGCCCUGGCCCGCAGCCGGCAGUCUCUGCGCCUAGCAGGACUUCGCGCCUACUACAGCGCCGACGCAGUGACGGCAUCAACCACGACGACUACGACGACACCCCCUACUCCCGAGUCGUUCAAGAUCUCUGAGUCAUCCCGUUCGGCAGCGGCUCCGCGAUGGAGCCAGACCCCUCCGGCCAUGAGGGCCCCUAUCCAGAUGGACGUGGCCAAGAAGCCGGAGAACAAGGUGUGGGUGGUCAACAGCGACCCAAAGACUCUCGACGAGAUGUACAACCGUCUUCUGGGCCCUGGGGGGAGCAAGAUGCUCCCCGAGGAGCUCAAGUGGCUUGCUGUCACGCACAAGAGCUUUGAUCAGGGGAGGAGAGGGUUCAAUGACCGUCUAGCCUUGAUGGGCCGCAUGACUCUCGUCAUGGAGACGACCAAGCACAUUGUCAGCAAGGAGCCGCUGCAGGGAGCCAAAGUCGAGGAUGAAUUCAGCGACCGUAGGGAACCGUUUGUCCAUGAGCAGCUCACGCAGGUGGAUAACCUGUCGGUCGAAACGACCAAAGAUGUCGCGGGAAAGGACAAGCUGUACGCCCUGGCGACUGAGGUGGGUAUGCUGCGUGUGCUGCGGUGGAAGCCUCGUCUGCCCAACAAGCUAGACUCCUCCGGUGUUGAGACAGUCAUGAACGGAGCUAUCCUGGCCAUCAUUGGCGCCAUCAACCUGCAGCACGGAUCGGCCGUCGCCUCACAAGUCGUUCGGGAGAGGAUACUGGGGCGUCUGUAA